CUCUCUCCUCCUCUCCCCAUCCCUCUCGUCUGAAAGUUCCCUUGGCCGCCCCGGCUCUCCUCCCCUUCUCCUCCGGCAGCUCCGGCGGCCGGAGUGGGAGGGGGAGGGGAGGCCGGCCUCCUCUCCUGUAUAGUUGUAGGUCUAGUUUGUUUCCCUUUAUGGAGUCUGGCGUUAUGCCAUUAGAUAGGAGCGGAGUACUUGAUCUGUGGAGCCAGAUCUUGUGCGUCUUAGGGAUCCUCCUCGUCGGCUUCUUGCUCCAGUGGCCGGAGCUAGAUGAAAGGAUGAGGAGUACCGUCUCCAUCAAUAAAGCUGAAGCUCUUGGAGGAGGUAUUCUGGAGAGGGGAAGCUCCGAUUCGUCUCGAUCUCUGUCCUGCCGUGGUGGUGAGGGGAGAUGGGACGGUGGUGCUUUCUCCUUUUUCAGGUUGUGCCUCCCCCGAUGGUGGUUCUUCCUCAACAAGUGCAACCAAGCUGGAGGCCUCUUGGCCUCGGCUAUCCUCGGCCGGAAAGGCGGCCUUCUAUCGACAACCUCCAGAUGGGAGGCUCAUCUCCGUCCUGGCUGCUGGAGCUCGGCACUGCGUCUUCCCCAAGUGGUUCGUCCCCGGUGGAUUCGCGGUGGCCAGCGGCGGCGGAUCUGCGCUGGAAAGGGGCGUUCGAGCAUACUCGUCCUGUUCCUCGGCGGCGACGCCUGGAGGACGCCGGCGUCUGGUGGCGGAGGCAUCCAGGGACUGGAUUGCUUUUCAUCUUUUUGUUCCCAGGUGUUUUAUGUAAAAAGACAGGCCUUAUCCUCAAAUAUUAGGUUCUUUAGAGCGAGUGUUGAAAAGGUCCUGUCUGCAAAAUGUACCUGCCACAUUGUUCCUUAAUGCAAGUUCCACCGGGGUCUCUGGA